CUGAGGAAGUGAAAAGAGAAGUGGACAUAAAAACCAACAUUUUCCAUCGGGGCUUUCCACGGCAACUUGUCAGUGGAUUAAUUUACUUACCAUACUACACUGUACAUGUCUACUGAAGGCAAUGGACAUUUUCCGGAGACUUUCAGCGAAUGGAAUUGGCUCAUUAUGUACCACAAUAUUGUCAGUGUUCCUGAUAGUCUUGUCAACAGCAACUGAACGCGUUGAAGCAGCAUUUACAAAUUGCAGUGAUGAUACCUUCCUUGCGAGACCGUUUGACACGAUAAAGAGUCCCAACUACCCGAGCAACUACCCAAACAAUGCUGCCUGCAAAUGGCACAUCAAGCUGAACUCCAGUCAGGUGGCCACAAUAAGGUUUACGGACUUCCAUCUGGUCCCGAGCAAAGAUUGCCAAAAAGACUAUGUGUCCAUUAGUCCGCUGGGCAUCAACCAAUGCGGUGUAGAGCUACCACCGACCUACAUCUCUGGCGUAAACACUGCGCUGAUAAUCAUCACAUUCAGGACGGACAAGAGCAACAGCGAGAAGGGAUUCGCUCUGGAGUAUUAUAUCAGUGCUCGCCAUAUUGAAAGCUGUGAUCCCAUGACUGAGUUCCACUGCAGUAAUGGGAACUGUCUGCCGCUGAGCUGGGCAUGUAACGGCCAGAAGGAUUGUUUUGAUGGCUCGGACGAGUCUCCUUCAAAUUGCCCUGAAUCGACAACCCCGAAACCUUUAACAACUGUGCCGUGGCGUUGCUCCGGCCACGAGAUCCUGUGCACGUCGAGGGUUACCGGCAAACCUAUAUGCCUCUCCGAGUCCAAGAAAUGCGAUGGACACAUUGAUUGUGGCAAUGGGGAAGAUGAGAAAGACUGCCACUCGGUCUGUCGUCAUUAUUAUGAUUCGGACUAUAAAUAUUUCACCUCUCCCAAUUUUCCAAAUAACUACGACUCAAAUCUUGACUGCUCGUGGACGCUUUCUGUCAAGAGUGGCGCAAUCAUCCAGCUCCGGUUCCAUACCUUUAAUCUGGAGCAAGGUUACGACACUGAUUAUGUCAACGUGUAUGACGGCGAUACAGAAGGGCCACAGUUUCUGAUUGGUAACUACUACUCCUACGACAAGGCCGUCAAUGUGCCGCCAAAAGUCAUCGAUGGUACAGGCAAUACGAUGUUGGUCAUUUUUCACACCGAUGCGUCAUCAAAUAACAAGGGAUUUAAUGUGACUUAUCAGACCAAAGGUGAUUGUCUAAGUGGUCAGUACCUGUGCAGUCGAACAGAUCAGAACUGUUUCGAUGAUUCACAGAAGUGUGACAACAUCUUGAGCUGCAUGAAGGGACAAGAUGAAGUUGGCUGCAUCGAUUGUGCAGCGGGACAGAUCCCAUGCCUGAAGACCCACACGGGUUGCUACUCCAUGGACCAACGCUGCGACGGGAAACGGAAUUGCAAAUUUGGAGAAGACGAGGAAGAUUGCGACCCCCGGAUCUGCAAGGCGGACUACGGCUUGUUCCUGUGCGGCGACAGAAAAUGCAUGCAGGAAAAAUACAUCUGUGAUGAAUCCACUGACUGCAUGGACGGUUCUGACGAGCAAAACUGCUAUGUCUCAACUAAAGUUGUCACAGCGGCUGCCGUUGGGUCCAUAGUCUGUGGCCUCCUACUAGUGGCAGCCUUGAGCUGCACUUGUAAACUCUAUCAGCUACAUGUCCGCGAUCGUUUCCCGCCGUCACACAUGUCACCACUGCGGGAGAUAGAAGAGGAGCUUCUCCGGCGCGAGGCACCACCGUCUUACACUGCCACCAUGGCCUCGCCACAUUUUGACGAGGCCCAGAGGGCGUUUAUCGAAGGAAUCCAGGCUGCCGUGAUUGCCAGGAAUGAGACUCGAGGCCCAACCACCAGGCAGAGCGGUUCACGGAGGCAGAGGGGAACUUUUGUACGUAUGCUGUCCAGGGAUCGCACCUCGAGAUCCGGCAGCCAGGUGGAAAUUCUGCCCGAUGAAAAUACCACUGAGAGUCAGACAGAGAUGCCACCACCAAGUCCUGCCGAGAUGGAUAAUGAGGUUGAUACCAUGAUGACAGAGGAGGAGGGUAUGAGAGUUGGAGACGGACCGCCUCCUUUGCGUCGGAUCUCUGGAGAGCGUAGCACACCGACCGUUAGUCCAAGUACAGUGGAAGCCUCAGCAGAGACAGCUGGACAACAGGAAUCGACUUCAAGUUCAGUCUCGGACACGGACUCUGAAACGAAUCAAGAAGCUCUGCACCUGAUGGUUCGUGCCGCUGCUAACAUUCGCCGGAUGCGCCUGGCUGGAGGACUGCAGAAUGUUAUGCAGGCUCAGGACCACAGAGCAGCAAGGGCCCGCAGCAGGACUGGGAGCCUUGCUGACAUAGAAAACCCAGCUGAUAUAGCGCCAUCAGGAGACUCUGCACCGACUUCAGAUGGUGAAGUAGAGAUGGUGGCAGAGGUGGGAUCAUCGUCACAUCUGAAUGAGAACACCAAUAAUGCAUCAGAGAGAACUGAUACUGAAAACCACAGCUUACCAACUGAAUCUACACAAGAAGCCUUUAAGAUGUCAGAGUCCUCCGAAAAUCCAGCUCCACGUCUUCAGAAAGAGCCUGAUGAGCUGGCUUCAGACUCGGAAUCCCUCCCGCAAGAUGGUGAGGUAGAGGUAUUAACCUCUCAGUCGCCAGAAGAAGCUGCAUCUUGUGACGACGGAGAGGUAGGAAGGGACUCAAAUACAGAGGAGAGACUAAGUCAGGCUUCGUCAAUAUUGUCCUUGGCAUCUGUUGGCUCAACGGCUGCAGAAGAGGAGGAUGUUCCCAUGGUGGAACCAUAGACAACUAUGCAUAAUUUUUUUUAAGGAGUUUUUUGAGAGUCUCCUGUGAGUGAGACUUGAUAAUGCUCCGGCACUUUUUUAACCCUGACCCCAAACGGCAUUUAAACCUACCACACUUUAUCAAGUUCCUUCAAGUAGCAGCCCAGCUAUCAUGAAACCUGUAGACCCCAGAUUUGUGUAGGCAUAAACUGCAUCCCUUGUACUUAAAAUAAUAUGCUGUUGGAAUUUGAUAGAUUUCAAGGGCUUUCCAAGGUUUCAAUGAGUAUAAUCCUGUAGUCAAAUGGAAAUGUUCAGGUGCAUAUCACGGCAACAUUUCAUGGCUCUGCUAACCGCCGAAUUCUGCGCUUAUGAUCACAAUUUUUAGCUUGCACGGCAAGCGCCGAAUUUCUGUGCCAGCUGUGUAUUAAGAGUAGGAUGCCUAAUUACGUGGAGAACGCACAUGCACAAGCCAAAAUUCCCCGCCAACCCGUGAAUUGCGCUUGCAAAAGCGUGGAAUUCCCUGCUACCACAAGCGUUGAUUCUUUGCUUACGGUAAGAAGGGCCAUGAAACUGGGCCCAGAUUAUGCAGUGAAGGAUAAUGAGUAAUUAAGCACGUAAUUAAGCACAAGGCUUCUUGUGCUGUGUGUUGAGAAUAUUUUUGAUAAUUCUUAAAUUUUACUAUUUCGAGAAACACUAUGUUAUUGAAAUGUAUUCAGAUAUCAAUCUGUAUAUAGCUGCACACGGGCACUAACUGUGUAACUUUAAUCUAGGCAGAUGUACUCAGAGUUGUUGGCAUCACAUAUUGCAAUGGGUGCAUCCCUGGAAUCACAUUUAUUAAUAAUAGUAAUAGUAUAAGGUUCUUAUAUAAUAGGCUUUGUCACACCCCUAGGGGCGUAUCAAAGUGCUAAGUAUCUUUCCCUGCAAGGUAUGUGGAGCUACGUUUUUGAGGUAUGGGACCUUAUAGAUAGCACCUUAUGGUUUACAAGGUGCUGUUGCGCAAUAUGCUGCCGCUCAGACCAGGAACACCAGGGCGAACCCCCUGCU